GGGGGUCUGGUUCUGUCGUCGGCUUAGCGGAGGCCCCCGGCCGGGGUCCGGGCGUCCGGGCGGAGGCGGUGGCGGGCCCGAGGGUGGCGGAAGACGUCGCGGGGGGACGCGGCCCGCGCUGCCCGGGCCCGGGGAGCUGCGCCCUCGGCCGGCUCCCGACCCUCCGAGAGGACGCGUUUUGCCGCACAGGCUAAGAUGGCGGCGGCUGCCGAGGAGGCGGAGUCGCCGCUGCACAAGGAGCUUGGGCCGCGGGGUCCGGGAGGCGGCGGCCGCGGGGGGCCCCGGAACCUUAGGUCUGAUUCCCUGGCCCUUGUGUCCCUGGGAGCUUAAUCUCGGCCAGAGGAAAACAGGUGUGCUCCGUCCAGUUCUCCCGAGAACGCGAAGAUGAGUUGCCCCAGACCCUUCCCCGUGAUUGGAAACUUGGGUGGUUUCUUGGUGCGAGACUUCCACAGACGACUCUCGUGUUGGGAUCCAUCCGUGGUUUAGCGACAUUAGUGGAAAAGUUUUCUUCAACUGUUUAAAGUAACACUGACACAGAAAGCGUUGUUAUAAAGCUUAAAUUAGAUUUCAGAUUUUACGUGAUAAACUCGACGAGGACAUACCCAUGGCUUGGGGCCCUGAAACUUUGGUUCUGUUGCGUGUACAAGUUAAUUUCCACAGAAAUGCCAAAACGCCAUCAUCUGUUCUGGCCAAUCCUGAUUGAUGCCAAGUUUGCUGCAUAUGGGGGAUGUAUUAGUUUAGUUGAUUUCGGUCCCACGAAGGAAAGUGUUUCAGAACCUAAACAACCAAAGUUUCCCAAAGCAAGAAAGCCUGCUUCAGUGCCAUGUGCUUGAUUUAAUUUUGGAUGAGAUUAUUCUUGCAUCAAGAUGUUAAUAAGCCAAAAUUUAGACUAAAUGUGUUAAAUGAUCUUGCCAACAAUAUGGAUGAAUUGAAGAUAAACACCGAUCUUACUGGUGCUAAAGAAGAACUCCCAGACGACAGCAGUGGGGUCCAUAAACCAAAAGAGUGUCAGACGUCAUUACAAAGAGACAGCUCACUGACUCUGUCUGAAGAACUGUCAGAGGACGCCUCAGAAAAAGCCUUAACUGGGGGCCAGUCUGCUUUGUUUAUACCUUCCGGCUCUCCUGCUGUUUCUAGUGAAAACUUUACCAUGGCUGCAGGAGCUGUUGUUAAUGGACCAGUUUCACGCUCCUCCUUAACAAAGACUUCCAGUGUGAAUGAAGGUAGUGUUUCAUUAAGCACUGGACAGCCCGUGGACCAGCCGGCCACAGAGUCUUGUUCGGCUCAGGCAGCAGCCGACCUGCAGCUAGAGUCUACGCCACAAAAAGCAAGUCCACACCAAGUCCUGUUCUUGGUAUCAGAUGUAGCACGUGCUAAGACUCCAACCCAUUCCAUUAAAUUACCUACCUCUGCUUUAGCUGGUUGUGAUGUUCAGAAUUCAGGAGGGAGUGGUGUGAAGGCAGAGAGCACUUUACUAAACCAAGUAGAGGUGGGUGAGGGCAAUGAAGACAUAUUGGUGGAAGAUGGUUGUGUCAAUACAUUAGCAGGAAUUUCCUCAGGUACAGAUGAAUUUAGGUCAGAAAAUGAUGCAAACUGGGAUCCCCAAAAAGAGUUCAUUCAGUUUCUUAUGAGUAAUGAAGAAACCGUGGAUACACCCCCAGUUCACUCUAAAGUAGCAGGUCUAGAAAAAAAGAGAAAGCGAAAAAUGGAUGUAAGCAAAAUAACACGCUAUACAGAGGACUGUUUUCGCGAUUGUAAUCGUAUACCCAGUAAGUCAAAAAUGGUAGAAGUGGACUUUCUAGGGCAGAACUCGGAGGGACAAGCCGCAGACUCACAGAAAUACACACUAUCGAAGGUGAAGCCCGAAGCGGCGGAUGAAGACGGGGAGUCUGUGGACACUUUCCAGCGUCUGGUUUACGGCUCCGACAAGCGUGGAGACGAGGGCUCCCCAGUUGAUACUCGCACUUUUAUUUCCAGUACCUUCAAAAAGAAAUGUGAAGAGAGUGACUCUGAGUCACCUGCCGCCUUCAGUCCGGAGGAGCCGUCCUUCUACCCCUGCACAAAGUGCAACGUGAACUUCCGGGAGAAGAAGCACCUGCACAGGCACAUGAUGUACCACCUGGACGGGAACAGCCACUUCCGCCACCUCAACGUCCCCAGGCCGUACGCCUGCAGGGAGUGCGGGCGGACGUUCCGCGACCGCAAUUCGCUGCUCAAGCACAUGAUCAUCCACCAGGAGCGCCGGCAGAAGCUGAUGGAGGAGAUCCGCGAGCUCCGGGAGCUGCAGGACGAGGGCCGCAGCGCGCGCCUGCAGUGCCCGCAGUGCGUGUUCGGCACCAACUGCCCCAAGACCUUCGUGCAGCAUGCCAAAACGCACGAGAAGGACAAAAGGUACUACUGCUGCGAAGAGUGCAACUUCAUGGCCGUGACGGAGAACGAGCUGGAGGGCCAUCGCGCCGUGGCGCACGGGGCCGCGGUGAAGUGCGCCGUGGUCAUGUCGGACGCGGCCCACAGGAAGGCGCAGAAGAAGGCCUCCGCCAAGGAGCCCGUCCCGGCAGCCCGAAAGCCGGCCGCCCACCUGUGCAAGCUGUGCCCGUUCAGCGCGUCGACCAGAAGCGCCCUGAAGAAGCACGUGCAGUACUUGCAUUCCCCCGCAUGCGUUGACCCCUUUGGCAAUCCUCUUGGACUUGACAAAAGAAAAGGCGACGUCCCCGAGGAAGCUUCGGAUCCCGACGGCGCUAAGCCAGUGGUCAAACAACCAGCAACCACAUUUCCAAAGAACUCCGCUCUAAAGCAAGACGUUAAGCGACCCCUUGGGGUGAGUGCACAGUCAGGCCACUUCUCAAAAGUCCCUAAGAGGCCACACAGAGUGCAGAAGGCCCGGAAGAGCAUCGCCCAGUCUGCUGUCAGUACGUGCCAUCAAAACAGCUCCCCUCCCAAGAACGUCAUGGUUAAAAGCAGCACUGACCAAAAACCAAAGUAUUUCCAUCAGGCAGCAAAAGAAAAAUGCAAUGCCAAGGCCAAUAGCAGCCACUUCUAUAGACACAAGGAUGAGAACUAUAGGGUGAUCAAAAGAUCAGGUGAAUCAGACCCACUUCCUUUCCAAAAAGAGGGUGAUUCAUUAAGCUCUUUACGUCUGUUUUCAUCGUCAAGUAAUUCUCAUAAUAAUUUUAUUUCAGACCUUCAUAACCCAGACCCCGAAAGGCCAGAAAAUAUGAAAGAACACAAGCGUGUGCCCGGAAGAAGAGCAGCUAAGGCCUCAAAGAAGGAGCGCUCUUCAGGAGAGGACCUGGACAGCUACCCCGACUUCCUGCACAAAAUGACCGUUGUCGUUUUGCAAAAGCUCCACGGUGCUGAUAAGAAGGACAGCUACGAGACAGAGGACGACAGUUCCUGGGAGAAUGUGGAGCUGGGGGAGUACACCGCACAGGCCAUGGAGGAGGACGCCUACGCCGACCUGAGCCAGGAACACGUGAACUUGCUGCCCCUGUUCAAAAGCAAGAUGGAGAGCCAGGGCCCUGGAGACGGUGCCACCCUUAGUUAUGAUCAGAAUGACGGCUUUUACUUCGAGUAUUAUGAAGACGGUGGCACCAACAGUUUCUUACACGACAUACACGACGCUCAGCAUCUGGAAGGCGCAGAAACGCCUCUUUCGAAACACGGCUCCGUUUUUCACUGGACCGAUCUGUCUCUGGAGAAGAAGUCAUGUCCUUAUUGCCCAGCAACCUUUGAGACAGGCGUCGGGCUGUCCAAUCACGUCCGUGGGCAUCUCCACAGAGCGGGGCUAAGCUACGAAGCCCGCCAUGUUGUAUCCCCAGAACAGAUAGCCACAAGUGACAAGAUGCAGCAUUUCAGAAGAACUGGCACAGGGACGCCUGUGAAGCGGGUUAGGAAAGCUAUAGAGAAGUCUGAAACUACUUCCGAACAUACUUGUCAGCUCUGUGGUGGUUGGUUUGACACAAAGAUUGGGUUAUCAAAUCAUGUCAGAGGCCAUCUGAAAAGACUUGGGAAAACUAAGUGGGAUGCUCAUAAGUCUCCAAUCUGUGUUCUGAACGAGAUGAUGCAGAACGAGGAGAAGUACGAGAAGAUCCUCAAGGCGCUGAGCAGCCGCCGCAUUAUCCCCAGACCGUUUGUAGCUCAGAAGCUGGCGCCGGGAGACGACUUCCUGUCUCACAAUGGCUUUCCUCUGGAUGACUACCGGAAUGGCCUGAAGACAGAGGCGCUCUCGGUGUCGGCCUCAGAGGAGGAAGGGCUGGCUUUCCUAAAUGAGUGCGAGGAGACCAAGGCCGAGCUGCCCGCUGGGAAGAAGAGCCAGUCCCUCACACUGAUAGAACUUCUGAAGAGUAAAAGGCUGGGGGAAGACAGGAACUCUGCCAUCUCUCAGAAGAGCCAUAACCAGACAGCAAGAAAGAGGUUUGUUCAGAAAUGUGUUCUUCCGUUAGGCGAAGACAGUCCAUUGAUGUAUCAGCCACAAAAAAUGGACUUGACUAUGCACUCAGCCUUAGAUUGUAAGCAAAAGAAAUCACGGUCAAGAUCUGGAAGCAAGAAGAAAAUGCUCACGUUACCUCAUGGUGCUGACGAGGUGUACAUCCUUCGCUGCAGGUUUUGUGGCCUAGUCUUUCGGGGACCACUGUCUGUUCAGGAGGACUGGAUUAAGCACUUGCAACGACACAUUGUAAACGCUAAUCUUCCACGGACUGGAGCUGGCAUGGUGGAAGUCACCUCACUACUUAAAAAGCCGGCCUCUAUCACAGAAACUUCUUUUUCUUUGCUAAUGGCAGAAGCAGCGUCAUAGAACAAGGAGUUCUUUUAAAUAGCAAGUUUAAUUGGAUGUAAAUUUAAAAUUCUUUGUCUUUUUUUUUUUUUUUUUUGUAAGCCACAUGAAAGUAUCCAUUUAUAAAUAACCGAAGUAGGAAAAAAUGGGGGAAUGUGAAUCCCAGUGACGUGAGAAUAAGACAGUAAGUAGCCUAUAUUUUAUAUAGGGUGGAAGAGUGUUCUUAAGGGUCACUAAGUUGUUGGCUGAGUUGACUCAGCUAAAGGUCUCACACCCGAGAGCCACUUGGGAAAUGCUGCAUAAGGGUCCUCACGGACACACGUGCUGAAGGUGACGUUCUGCAGUGUUACACAAUCAAGGCUCUGGUUUCCCUCACUUGCAUAGAAAAUAAGAUACUAUAUUUUGUUGGUAUGUAUUUAGUGUUUUGUAUAAUACCAGGAACUGCUAACUAAAUUUACUCAACUUAGGGCAUUAAAUAUCAUGUACUUCAUAGUUUGAGACUGUUUACCCAAAUAGGGCAGAGUACUAUUCUAUCUAGAUGUGUAAGUGUUUUUUUAAAACCACAUGGAACGGUUUUUUUUAUACUAAAAAGUUGGAGGGAGAUUUGUUUAAACAAGUAUUUCUAAAAGAAAUAUGUACAUAGUCCUGGAAAUUAUUUGUGGUAAGGAAGUUUUCUUUACUCCAGUUGCAUUUCUCAGACAAUGAAGCGGUGCGCCCGUGCUACCUCCUGCUUUGUCAGCAAAGAUGCUAGCCCUUUCCAUUUUUGUAUCAUAAUAGAUUUUAAAAAUCUAAUGUUCUUUAUUGCAAGACAUACUUUUGUUAACAGAUUUGUUUCUUUGUAACGUUUUACGUACAGUUUGACAUGCUUACAGGACAGGGUUGUCUCUAUUUAACGUUGUAGACAUGUACUUACUAAACAAGACUCACUACACAGUUUAGAAUAGGCUUUCUCGUUUAUAUCAUCUUCCAAAUUUGAUCAGUUAGCAAGAUACUAAUGCUCAAGAUACUUCUACAUAUGAUGAGAAUGUUUACACUUUCAACUUUAGAACUUGUUUUGGAUGUGAUUAUAUGUAUGAAAAUUGUGUAACACUAUGCUCAUGCUAAGAACCGACAUAACGGAAUUACUGAAAUAAAUGUGCUGUGAGGAAUGGAAAAUACGGUGCAGGUGUCUUGGGUCAUGAUAAAUUGUGACAACUCCUUUAAACAGUCUCCUGUAACGGCUUAGUUCCUUUAAUCCAAAGCUAGCACCCUUCACAAACAGCGGUUUGUGUGCAGGCCCCGUUCCACAUCAUUCCUUGUAGUUGCUAACGUAGUGGAAUCAAGGAUAUGCAUUGAUACUUCUUCCCUUGUAAAUAAAGUGAAAAACAGGUAAACGAAGGAGUAUUUUGGUAGAGUGUAUACAUACCUCACUGCUGGUGAAAUUACUUUCCUAUGGUAUAUCUCCCUAUCAGAAAUCACUAAAUAAAAACAGUUCAAGAAUUACA